AUGGCAGAAUAUCUAUCUCUUAACAAGAAUAUAGCAAGAGAAGUUAAGGAAGGAAUCAUGUAUAUUCAUCGAAGAAAGAGCAAAAUGCUAAACUCAAUGAAUGACUCCAUAGUGAUUAGUAAUUUAAGAUCAGGAAACUUAUUAGAAGAAGGAGAGAUCUACAAAGGAAAAGUAACAGAAUCAUCAGAAGACCAGGAUAAUGAUGAAAGUAGUAUUAGCGAUAGUGAAUUAGACCUUGAAUCAACAGGAGGAAGCAGUAGUGGUGUUUAUGGAAGUGAUACAGAUGAUGAAGCAGAUAGUGUGGUGGAUUAUCCUUACGACCCAGAUAUAAUGAAAAAUGCAAGGCCAUCAAGGAUAUUAAUAGCAAUUAAUGACAAGAUUAUAGAAGCAAUUCUAGACACAGGUACAGCUGUUUCAAUGAUCAGUAAGAAGUUAGCAGAUAGACUUACAAGAAAACAAUUACGACAAAAUACCCCUAUCUGGUUUUGGAAGUAG